AUGUUAAUUGGUGUCACAUUGAUAUUAAUAUUUGUCUGUUUGGUUAACAUAAACAGUUUAUCUAUAGAUGGAACAACAAUUGCGGUAGUUCUGAACAUUGAAAAUACCAAUGUAGGAAAAGGUCAUAUAUGUAUCAUCGAUACCCAAUGUAAUGGUCAUGGACGAUGUCAUCAAAAUGAUACAGGCUGUGAUUGUGAUCGAGGAUGGAUUACACAUGGCAACGGUACUGAUACGAAUAAAUAUUGUGAUUAUCAACAACGUUCGAAAAAAAUUGCUUUUUUCCUCUCUUUAUUCGUUGGUAGUUUUGGUAUUGAUUGGUUUUAUCUUUCACGUGCAAGGCUAGUAUAUAUUACUGCUGGUCUAUUAAAAUUAUUAAUCGGAUGUGGAUGUUGUAGUGCAUGGUAUUUACUAUAUUUUCGACCAGAAAUCGGAAAUUUAGAAUUAGUCAAAAAAAACGUUCAUGCUGUUAGCAUAUUUUUUAGCUUAGUCACAUUUGUAUGGUGGAUUGUCGAUUGGGCACGUAUUUUGAGCAACAAAUUUACUGAUGGACAAGGAGUAGGACUUACUCCUUGGUAA